AUGAUGACAAAAACCACAAAAACCAAGCUGUUCCGAUUCGUGAAAACCUUCUUCGACACCAGCACCAUCCACGGCUUCCAGCACAUCUCCCACCCUCAUCGGCACCCCUUCGAGCGGCUAUUGUGGCUCCUCCUGGUGGCGACGGCUGCCUACGGUGCAUCAGUGUUGAGCGGCCUCACCAUCACCAGAUACGCCGAGAACCCCACAGUCAUCUCCAUGGAAAGGGAUCGCUUCGCCUGGAACACGACCUUCCCACCGAUCACCGUGUGCCCUUCCAGCAAGUACGACGCCGCAAAAUUGGACGAUUACGCGGACCAACGAGGAGAUUUGGCCAAUAAAAGUUUGUACAAGGCGUUCGUCAAAUCAUUGGUGGAAACUAAUUAUUUGAAUUUGGACAAAAUCGUCGAAUACGAUGGAGUUAAGAGCGAGGAAUACGCGGAACUGAUACGGAUGUUUAGCGUCAAAAUGGAUCUGGAAGUGACGAAUUCGGCGUACAAAGAAAGGUUUCUAAACGUCCAGGAGACGUUCACCGAAAUGGGUAUUUGCUACUCGUUUAAUUCGGCAUUGGCCGCUUAUAAUUCGUUCGAUUACUGGAGAAAUGGAAGUCGGGACCUUCUGCAGGAAUCGGAAUUGUUUCAAGUGAAUCCCCUAGACGGCGAAGUCUUCGUGAGUUUCAUAAAUCUAUCCGUCGGAUAUACGGUUUUCUUCCACGGUCCAUACGAGAUGAUCGAUGUAGCGUCCAAACAUCAAGACGUGACCAGCAACAAAUUCGUGCAAAUUUAUCUGACUGCAUUGACAAUAUUUUCCAGCGAAAGGACAAAACGGCUGGAUGCUAAGCAGAGAAAAUGCCGGUUUUACUACGAGAGCAACUUACCGCAUUUCCCUGUGUAUUCCUACGCUGCUUAAAAACUGAUUUUCCUAAAACGGCGGUGCCACUGUGCAUCGAAUUGCGAUGAAACUACAUACGUGGUGAAAGCUAGCGACGAACGAAGUUGGUUCUUGGGUUCCACAUUGCAAUGGGGCAUUAGGGAUUAUCCAGAUAUGAGGUUGAAGAGGGACGUCAUUUUCGGCUUUUCAGAUCUUUUAGUAUACAUUGGAGGAAUGGCCGGUUUAUUUCUGGGCUGUAGCGUACUGAGCUUCAUUGAAAUAACUUAUUUCUUUACGCUAAGGUUAUUUUGGUACUUUAAACAUUAUAAGAAUCAAUCGAGUAGAUAAAAUACUUCUAAGAAUACUCGAUUUAUUCGAACUACUUUUGGAGAAACACACCAUCACUAAAAAAUAACAAUUGCACAUAAAAGUGAACAAUAUUGCACU